AUGUCUCGGGCACGCUGCCACGCUCUCUUCCUGGCAGCAGUUUCUCCGCGUGGUGCAACAACCAGGGUCGCAGCGCGGCGAGGGUUGAGCGCGUGGCCUGUGCUGCAGGAGCCAGACAUGGCGUAUCAGGAUGCCGUGCGCACACUCAACACCCUGCAGACCAAUGCUAACUACUUGGAGAUGGUGAAGCGUGAGCGGGGUGACCCCCAGACACAGCUGGAAGCCAUGAAGCUGUACUUGGCACGGAGUGGGCUGCAGGUGGAGGACUUGGACCAACUGAACAUUAUCCACAUCACUGGGACCAAGGGGAAGGGCUCCACGUGUGCCUUCACUGAACGUAUCCUCCGAAGCUAUGGCCUGAAGACGGGGUUCUUUAGCUCUCCCCACCUGGUGCAGGUGCGUGAGCGGAUCCGCAUCAAUGGGCAGCCCAUAAGCUCCGAGCUCUUCACCAAGCACUUUUGGCGCCUCUACCACCGGCUGGAGGAGACCAAGGACGACAGUAGCUGUGUCUCCAUGCCUGGCUACUUCCGCUUCCUCACGCUCAUGGCCUUCCACGUCUUCCUCCAAGAGAAGGUGGACCUGGCAGUGGUGGAAGUAGGCAUCGGUGGGGCUUACGACUGCACCAACAUCAUCAGGAAGCCUGUGGUGUGUGGGAUCACCUCUCUUGGCAUUGACCACACUGGCCUUUUGGGGGACACAAUGGAGAAGAUCGCAUGGCAGAAAGGGGGCAUUUUUAAGAGUGGCGUCCCUGCCUUCACCGUGCUCCAGCCUGACGAGCCGCUGGCAGUGCUAAGGGACAGGGCUCAGCAGAUCUCAUGUCCCCUCUACCUGUGCCCACCACUACAAGCCCUGGAGGAAGGGGGGCCACCGCUGACCCUGGGCCUGGAGGGAGAGCACCAGCGGUCCAAUGCUGCCCUGGCCUUGCAGCUGGCCCGCUGCUGGCUGCAGCAGAAAGGUUACCAGGAUGCUGGGGAGCUGAAGGCAUCCAGGCCCAGCCUCCCGGGGCAGCUGCCCCCAGCACCUGUGUUCCAGCCCACGCCCCACAUGCAGCAGGGGCUUCGGCACACGGAGUGGCCAGGUCGGACGCAGUUGCUGCGGCGCGGGCCUCUUACCUGGUACCUGGACGGCGCGCACACCACCAGCAGCAUGCAGGCCUGUGUGCGCUGGUUCCGCCAGGCGCUACACCGCUGCGAGCGGCCGGACAGUGGGUCCGAGGUGCGCGUCUUGCUCUUCAACUCCACUGGGGACCGGGAUUCCGCGGCCCUGCUGAAAGUGCUGCAGCCCUGCCAGUUUGACUAUGCCAUUUUCUGCCCUAACCUGGUAGAGAUGGCAUCAACAGACAAUGCAGACCAACAGAACUUCACAGUGACACUGGACCAGGUGCUGCUCCGCUGCCUCGCCCACCAACAGCACUGGAGUUGCCUGCAUGAGGAGCGGGCCAGCCCGGACCCUUGGAGCACGCCCGGCCGGGAGCAGGGUGGGCCCGCAUCUCUGCUGCUGGCGCCUCACCCAUCCCACACCCACGGUGCCAGCUCCCUCGUCUUCAGCUGCAUCUCCCACGCCUUGCAGUGGAUCACCCAAGGCCGGGACCCUGUCUUUCAGCUGCCCAGUCCCCCACGGGGCCUCCUCGCCCACCCUGUGGCAUACAGUGGGGCCAUGGUACUCCAAGAGGCUGCCGCCGUCCACGUGCUGGUCACAGGCAGCCUGCACCUGGUGGGCGGUGUCCUGAAGCUGCUGGAGCCCUCCCUGUCCCAGUAGCCCAGGCAGUGGGGUGGAGGGGAUGGGCGUUUGCCCUGCAUCUCCCAUGAACUCCUAAACUGUUUGACUUCUGUGCCUUCCUGAUUCUGUCUAGACUGACCCAGGGUCUUGGGCUCUAGGCAGUGAAAUAGAGAGCUGGAGGCAGGAUGCUGAGCUCUGUCUCUGAGCCCCGGAUGCCCCUAGCCUCUUCUUCCUGGUUCUCCAGCUGUUGGAGCACCCCUGACCGUCCAACCCGUCUCUACUCCUACCCUGCCUGCUUCCUGUCUCGGGCCCGCCUGGGGCCCUGCCAGCUGUUGGCUGCUGGUUGAUUGAUUUCCUCCUCCCAGUGACCUUCUGGGAAAGGAGAGGGUCCCUGCCUGGGCCCCCCAGGGUGCAGAGGGUGGCUGAAAUGAUUUAAAGCUUUGA